UCUUCCUUGCCUCCUCCCAUCUGUUGCCCAAGUCACCUGGGACCUGGCCCUACCAGGCGCCAUGGCUGCCCGCGGCCGCAACAGCGCCGUGCCGAGUCGCACCCUGCACGUUGGCGGCUACCAUGUGGUGACCACGGUGACCGCGCGCCCGGGGGUCGUGCGCCGAUGGCUGUACACGACUUUGUGGCGCCAAAGGCAGAACCUUCACUCCGCCGCCGGUCUCACGGUCGGCCUGGGCGUGCAGUGGACGCCGCCCUUCCGCAAACUCCCCGGCGGCGCCGAGCCGCGGCCGGGGACGCUGCAGCUCUGUUCUGGUAACCGCUGCCUCAUCUACCAGAUCGCGCGGGCUGGCGGCGUGGUGCCCAAGAUCCUGCGCCGGUUCUUGGCUGACGCCCGCAUCACGUUCGCGGUCUACGGCGUGGCGUCCGACUGCCGGAAGCUGCGCGCGCACCACGGGCUGGAGCUUGGAUCGACGCUGGAGCUCCAAGGCGCGGCCGGCAUGGGCAACGCGUCCAUGGCGGAGAUGGCGGACAGGCUACUGGGGAUCGUCCGCGGCGGUGUGGAGAAGUCGAGGCGGAUCAGCACCAGCACGUGGGACGGGCCGAGGCUGUCCAGGGGGCAGGUGCGCUACGCGUGCGUGGACGCCUUCCUCUCGCGCUGCCUCGGCGAGCACAUCCGCCGUGACAUGGCGAGCGACGAUGAGUACGAGUCUGACCCCGACGACGGCAGCGAUUCUACGGCCGGUGAGGAGUGGGAGUCAGAUGCAGUCGAUGGCGGUUACUGGGGUUGA